AUGGUUCUGCGGAAUCCCUGGGGCUUCAAACUGGAAGUGUCGAGUGGAGGAGGAGGUAGGAAGAUGGGUAUGGGUGGGUGUGCUCCGCAGAUUCGUCUAGUUUUGCUUUUCUUUGUUUCUUGCGUUGCAGCUGAAGCAGUACCAGCCAGCACAGUAAUGGCGGAUGGAAAGCGUGCACUGAUGUCUGGGUUCAUCUACACCAGAAACAGAGGACGGUGUACUCCCCAGUUUUGGAGCAGCAGAAGGGAGGCAUGGCCAAAGAUGAUCCCACAGACAUCGUCAGUGUCAAAGGUGUUUGGAUCAAGAGCAUUCGAGAGAUUCAAAUCUGAUCUUACCCUUUUAGAAGCGACCCAGAGGAAUGAUGAUGGAGGUAAUGUUUUCUCGCGGUUGCUGAAGCAAUCAAGCGCGGCACUCUUAAACUCAUAUGCAAGGAAAGGUUACCCUUACUCUGCUUGGGAAGUGAAGACUCUGCUCAUCCAAGCCCUUGUCUCAGAAGAAGCUGCAGCUCUUCAAGCCCAACGUUUCUCCCUAGCCAAUCAAGCUUGCGGUUAGCUGAACAAUUUCUUCUUGCUUAUUCCUAAUGUCAAUCUUAUCUUCUAGUCUUGAAGUUUUGGAUUAUGGAUCUUUAACUCUCAUUAUGGUCUUUGAACUCCUAAUGUAAAUUGUAUGAAGGAAAAAACAAAAAAAACUUUGUUCCUCAUCUGCUCCA